CUAAGGCCAACUGGCUUUGGUCUCACGUGAGUGUGGGAGCCAGCCAACUGAACGACCGACUGCCCAUCAGUGAAAGUCUCGAGGUGUGUGUGUCCUGCGGAAGCCGUUCCAACGACCAUGUCUUCUGCCACUCCCCCGCCCGAUUCAGGCAUGCAUACACCUCCACAUGGGACAUCCAUCUCGGUUGGGUCGUCUCCUGUAGCCAAACUUCCCAACUAUUUUGUCGCCCAUAAACGCGAUCAGGUCCAAGCUUUCGGCUACCACAAGAACCUUCACACGGUGCCUUUCAGGACGACAGAGGCCUUUCUCCAAUUCUUGGGUGUUAACGAUGGCCUUCUCCCAUCUGAGGUUCCUGAAUCAGCUCGUAACCUCUCCGUUCUGCGCUUUCUUGACGCGGCCAAUGACUUGGCCAAUUCCAUGAGACAGCAUGUUGCAAACGAGCAAGGUCUCUUGGUGUUCAAAGACACGGGAAACAAAACACACCACGGACAUGUAUCGGACACGAGGUGUAGGCCCGAUAUUACCGCUGCUUUCGAGAGUGAUUGGCUAGAGGACGGUACCGUACACUGGUCAUGCGCCCGACUCGCCGGAGAGCAGGCGUCCACAGGAAAGUCCAAAGAUGAACAGAAGCAAAACGCGAUUUCGUACUUGCAUUACCUUCUUCUGGCACGACCCGAUCUCUAUGUCGCACCAGGCUUACUCACCUCCAAGGCUGGCAUCGUAUUCCUUUUAGGGAUUGCGGGGGAUGGCAUACGCAGGUUUUGUCUCCCUUGGAACCACAACGACCUUUACAAAUCAUUAUAUGCGUUCAUCUAUCGCCUCUACAAACCCGACAAUUUUGCGGACCCGUCAUAUAGCGGGCCGUUUGUUGUUGAUCCAAAGGAAACCACUAGGAACUAUAGUUGGCGUAUCAAUCUUCAGGUGACAACUCGAGAUCGGGGUGCACACGUGUUGGACUUCUCUCCGAUAUUUUCUAGUAAUCCUUUCGGAACACGUACACAUGUGCUCUCCAAUUCAUCGUUCCAAUUCGAGGUCGAAGGCAAAGCUCUCACCGUGCUCAAAGAACAGCUAUGCCGAACUGGAACUCGUUUCGACGAACAGACAAUCCUCACCCACAUUCAUAAGCCGGAGAGGGUGCCUGGUGUUGUGGAAGCCGUGUACCAUGAGACGAUUGAAAUCCCUUAUCUUAUGGGAAGAAACAAGCACCGCUUGGGGCUUCGGCAAUCAGGAUUGCCUUUCACAAGUAUCCCUACUCCGCGUAAAGUGUUGGAGACGCUGUUUGACGUUCUGGAAGUGUUACGAUAUAUGCGUUUCCACCGUCAGGUCCUUCAUCGUGAUAUCAGCGGAGGAAAUGUUUUGUAUACCCAGGAGCCGUCAAGCCCCGAGCCGGAUACUCAGUCUGUCGGAGCCGAAGCGACGGCAUCAAAAGAGUUGCCGCUUUGCUUCAUCAAGUACCUACUUCGCGAGAGUAAUGAUCCCUGCCAAACGUCGGCACUCCUGAUCGAUUUCAAUAAUGCGGAACAUUUGGGAAACAAACAGGGUUCUGAGCACCAGCGAACCGAACGAACCGGAACACCUAUCUUCAUCUCUCGGGCAGUUGAAAUGGGAGGACCUGUGUCACUUGCAGACAUCGCACAGGUUCCGGCAGUACCCAAUAGCCCCGAAAUCUAUACUUUGAACCACCCGGACCGAAUCAAGAAAUUCCCGUUGAUAGAGAAACUUGUGGUUGAGGGUCCGUUAGCGGCAGGUGGUGGUCACGAUUGGAGGCACGAACUUGAUCAUGAUGCGGAAUCCGUCUUUUGGCUCCUUGUUUACUGGGCUAUGGUCGUGCAGCCUCUGCAAAGGCAAGGCCCAACUGAAUAUGUCGACCCAGCUACCUGGACUUCAUUAAUAGGGGCUGCCAACCACCGUGGUGCUUUGGUCACGUCACUGGCGAGAGGUCUUGACAUCACCCAUUCAACGUACAAACCCUUACACACUUUGAUCAGCAAGCUCGCUGCCAUUCUUAUUGUUGACAGACAUUGGCUUCCAGAAUCAGAUGUACGAAAUGACCCAGAGUACAUUAAUGAGGCGUUCCAGCGCUUGAUCCUCCAAUUUAUCCUUGACCAUCAUCAUGAAACAUUCAUGGAUCAUCAUGUUGACAUCCGCUUCCGUCCGGUGCAACCGGUGCCACGCUCGGACGGACUGUCAGCUACAACCAGCCAGAGGAUGGAUGCAGUGGGAAGGAAACGGGUGUCACCUCAACCUUUAAUGGAGGGUGGAGUGAAGCGACGUUGCCUUGGUGUAGAAAGGACAGAGGUAGAGGGUGAGAAUAUGAAGGAUGAAGAAGUUGCUGACAUCAAUGAAUGGUGGUGAUCAGCAAUGAAGCAACGGAUGUACUUUGAAGCCUCAGUGGGUGUAACAAAAUGUUGUUUUUUGUUUUUUGUGGAAACUGUAGCACUCCAACAAGUCCCUUCAUUUCCUAUCUUUCCUACAUGUGAUAUUAUAUAUUGCAAAGGAGGAUGUAAAGUAUUUAUGCUGCACAUCAUUCAUUAUAUUCUCACUUGUACUUUGUUGUAUUAACUUAUGUGUGUUUUGUUAUAUUUGUUAAACACACACAGUGGUGUGAGGAUGUAGCCCAG